UUGAAAGCGUGUGGAGCUCAACACGGCGACGGAGAUGUGAGCUCGAGCUCCCGUUAGCCAGCUUGCUAACUGAGAGGCACAUUUAUCUUACGCGCUGUGCUAACAGAGCAGCCAGACAGGCUGGAGUUAAGCACAGACUUCAGACAUAAAUCGGCAGUGAGGUGUUUUAUACACCCAUCUAUCUUGUUUUAAGGUGAACGAUGUGAUCAGACACAGAUGACAUGCUGUGUGAAGUCUGCGUGACAGACAUGUUGUCCGUUAGCCGUUCGGUGUCAAGCUACCUGCUAGUUUUGAAGUCGAUAGCAAUGGGGUGCGUUUAAGUCAUGCACGAUUUGGUCGACGCUUAAUUUAAGUUGUUUAGUAUGCAUACUGUUCAUCUGUACGGUGGGAAAUGUUGUUGUUUGAUUUAACUUUAUAUAUGGCACAUCAGGACUAAAGUAAGCUUACUAUGUGGCUAACGUUAGGUGACACAUUGGCACUAGCAUCGCGCUAGCUUAUGACUUUUCAACUGUUUCAUUGAGUAUUCUGUCUAUAAACCUAACACACAAGCAAUGGUUUUGUACAGAUUAGUAUAUAUUAAUGCCUUGCAAUCGUAAAAGCGAUCUCAAAUGUGAACGCGUGUGGACUUGAGUGUCAGCUAACCUGAGCACACAUAACCAGCUGCUGUUCUCCGGCAACGUUGCAUUUCGGUGUGCAGUGCUAACUAAAUUCCUCUGGCUGGAAAAAAUAACAGGCACACUGAAAAGUUUACUAGGCUAACUCGCCAACCGCCCUUACAAGAGAGGAGAAACUAGUUAUUGUAAAGGGCAUGUGGAAAGUUGUCACCAUAGAGAUGCAAAGCAGACCAUGUAGCAUGUCAUAGCAUUAGGGUUUUAAUGUAGGUUAUCUUUUCACUAGAUUGAGUCCUUUAGGUUUGUCUAAUUUCUGCUUUUUGGACUUAGUUACAUUUUGGGUUCAGGUUUAUUGCUGUGGCUGAUAUUUAUCGAUUUGGCCGACAUUCUUUCCAUUCCUUAAAUUCUUUGUUAAUUAAGAAAGGCCACUCAAAUGUCAAGUCACUGUAUGACAGACAAAGGAAUUAGCAAUUAUCAUUCACUUUUUGAACUUGAUGUAAGCUUACAUUGUUACACACAACAACACUCGAGUGUGCAUCAAAGUCCUAUUCAUACAGUACAGUGAGCUGUCAGAUGCACAGCCCAGCGGUAGUUUCAGCAGGGAACACAGGUGUGAUGUAAACAAACUCGUAACAUUUUACCUUACAAUCACAAAUCCUGUGACAGAUCUGUAACAUGGUUGCAGUUCUUGAUGUUAUUACCAAUUUGGAGAAAUACCCCAUCACCAAAGAAGCACUUGAGGAAACUCGCUUAGGAAAGCUAAUUAAUGAUGUAAGAAAGAAAACGAAGGAUGAGGACCUUGCCAAACGUGCCAAGAAACUUCUGCGGAACUGGCAAAGGCUCAUUGAGCCUGGCCAAAGUGACACUCCUGCGAGAGGAGUGCCUAACGUCCCGGGCUCUGCCAAUGGAGGUGCUCACCCCUGCCGGACAGAAACGCCUCCAGCGGUACCCCCGGCAAGCAAGAUUGCUCCAGAGCUCAAAACCAGGAAUGACAUCCACAACACUUACUCUCCAAAGGCGGAGAAAUCUAGCAGAAAACGGCGGGCAGAGCAGAGGGAUACCCCCCAUUUGCCAGCCAAAAUGACAAAAACAUCCAUUUAUGAGCAAAUGUUUUCUUCCUCCCCACCAUCAAAUGGAAUUAGGGGAAGUCCUGAGUCUCUCUUAGAUAAAGAUGAGGACGCACCCUCUGACAGAAUCCGCACCGAGCACCUUGAGAAUGACAGGCAGAACAAAAUUCCUGUCAAUGCUGUUAAGCCUCAUCCGAGCUCUCCCGGGCUAACCAAACCACCUAGCACUUCCUCUUUACUCAAAACAUCAGUGUUACAGCAGCAUGCGCGAAUGGAUGGGUCUGGGGGUGGGCAGCAUCAACCUAAAAGCCCUCGAUACUCCUCAAGUCCACGUAGUUUAACACACGAGACAAUGGCCAAGAGGUCUUCAACAUAUGCACCUAAAGGGACUCUUUCGAGCCCAUCCCAGAAUUCUGCCCAAGUGCCCUCUCCUUUGCCUACAUUGCAGCCUUUAACCUCCCCAGCCCAAGUGUGCAUUGGCGACGGUCCGUCCUCGGUAGGGCUGGAAGACUCGAUGCACUUGCACAGAUCAACAGAAAGAGUCUCCCAGCCCCCACACAGCAGCGUAACACUGGAGCCGCUCUCCGGCUCCCCGCUCGCCUCCCACCAAGCGACCCACAGCUUGGAGGCCUCCGAGACCAAGAGUGAGCGAGAGGGAGCGACUUCCAACUCGGAUGGCAAAAAGCGGAAGAAAUACAGGUCCAGAGACUACAUGGUAAACCUUCAGGGCCAGACAUCAGAGGACAGGACCAAGCCUGUGCGGUUAAAAGAACGUAGGUUGACGUUCGAUCCCGUGACGGGACAGAUAAAGCCCCUCACUCCGAAAGAAACUCACCACGAGGAAGAGUGCCAAGGACCGCCAGUUACAGAGGUCACAAGGACUGAGAUACCCCAACAAAAACCGCCUCCAUCUGUCCCCAACCCCUUUCAACAGACGAACUGGAAGGAGCUGUCCAGAAACGAAAUUAUUCAAUCCUACCUUAAUCUUCAGAGCAAUGUUCUCACAUCCUCUGGAGCGCAGACCCACGGGGCGCACUUUUUCAUGACUGAAUAUUUGAAACGAGAGGAACACGAUGUAAAAGAGUCCAGGAAAACGCACGUUUUAGUACCGAGCAGCUCCGUUACCGAACUACCCGGGGUGACUCGGGAGGUAACGAAUGAGGACCUUCUCAGAAUACACAGUGAACACUGGCAAGGGGUGAACGGUUGCCAUGACACCAAGGGAACCUGGUAUGAUUGGACAGAGUGUAUAUCAUUGGAUCCUCAUGGUGAUGAGAGCAAAUUGAACAUCCUGCCAUAUGUUUGCCUAGACUGAGAGAACAGGGAUUAUGCUGACCCGAGUUGGAAAGGUUUCCCAAAAAGUUCCCACUGCGAGUUCGAGGAGAUUGAGAGUUUCUCUCCUUGUUGCUCUGUGCUAGGUUCAUCUUACAAGUGUAAUGAAUGAACAGGGGUUGAUCCAAGUUCAGCUUUCCACAGGAAGGAGCUGAAAAGGUGUCCUGUUUGUAAUGUGCUGCUACCAACGAGAAUUUGCAAACAAGGGUUGUAUAUAAUGGCUCGCAGGGAUUUAACAGGGCCAGUUAUUGCACAAUGUGUGAAUAGGAGGUCAGAGCAAGCAUCGAGCAGUACGGAUACGUUUGAAAGCAAGUCGAGAACAUUUUUUGGCAGUUACAAAAAGCUUUAUGUGACAAAGAAUAAAUUAUAAAAGUUUCUUAUCA